AUGUUAAGCCAGAUGCUUACUGAAGUGAGUGCUGCUGUCCUUCUGACGAGCACUUCAUCAAAGACCACAGAUGAGAACCCAGUUAACCCCUUUGAAAAAGAGCCGCCUGAAGGCAGAGCGUCUAAAGAAGGAGAGCGUCUAAAUCGAAGAAGGAGCCCAAUCAGCCCCUACUGGUGCUUCUCGUAUUCCACUUUCGGCACUGUAGAGGACGGAGACAAGCUUUUCGCUAAGUUCAUGAACACCUUGCAGAACACAGGAGAGCGACCAUCUGCCUACUUGUCCUGGCUUCAAGCUGCCUUGAAUAUAGCUGUGAAAUGUGGUAGUGUCUCACUCAAUACAGCAGACCGGCACCUUUUAAAGCAGUUCUGCCGGGGCUGCUGGGAUGAAGGUUUAAUUGCUGACCUGCGCCUAGCUCAAAAAUAUCUGAGGAUUAUCCUAUUUGGACCCCGUGAGGUAAACGUGGCUUCAAUUGGAAACAUCAUCCUUGGGAGUGAGGUGUUUGUGUCUCAGAAUAGUAGCAAGUGCAUAAAGAGAGAUGGAGAGAUAGCUGGUAGAAAAGUAACAGUGGUAGUCACACCUAAUCGAUGGUCCAGACUUCAACUGAUUGACACAACAAAACGAGAUAAACAAGAACUAAUGCUCAGCAUGAUUCUGUGUGAGCCUGGACCUCACGCCAUCCUUCUAGCCGUUGGUGAGGAGGAGGUCACAAAGGACAUGGCUCUCUCAGUGGAGGAGCACACAGAGCUUCUUGGCCAGGAAGUUUGGGAUCAUACAAUAUUAUUAUACUCAUGUGGCAAACAGCAAGAAAAAUGUGUUAAGGAAUCAGGAGAAGCUUUCAAGAGGAUUGCAAAUAAAUGUGGACACAGAUAUCACAUUCACAGUGACACAAAUCAGGGUGAUAGAAUUCAGGUCAGAGAACUACUAAAGAAGAUAGAUGACAUGGUACAGAAAAACAAAGGCAAACACUGUGAGAUACAUGGGAAGAUCUACCUUGUUCAGAAAUGGAGGGAAGCUGAAGAUAAACGAGCAGAACAAAGGCUACAAAAGACAAAGGAACUGAGAGAGAUGCUGAGAUCAAAAAUGGGAAGCACAAGCCACAGUUCUGAGAUCAGAAUUUUGCUAACCGGUUAUCAGUUUUCUGGAAAGAGCUCAACAGGAAACACAAUCUUGGCACAGGAAGCAUUUAUGACAUUUCCAAAAAAGAGGAGGUCAAAGUGUGUAAAAAGUGAAGGAGACGUUCAAGGAAGACAUGUUACUGUAGUGGAUACUCCAGGACGAUGGAGAAUUCACCCAUUCGAGUACACUACUGAGCUUUGCAAGCAGGACCUGGUGCUUAGUGUAAGUCAGUGUCCACCAGGACCCCACAUUUUGCUUGUGUUUGUCCGUUUAGACACUUCGUUCACUGAAAUGAACAGGAGGGCAACGGAGGACCACUUGCAGCUUUUUGGUGAGAAUGUUUGGAGACACACCAUGGUACUGUUCACCUGUGAGGACUUUCUGGGAGAAACAACGAUUGAGCAGUUUAUUGAGGGUCAAGGGAAAGCUCUGCAGUGGCUAGUGCAGAAAUGUAACAACAUGUACCAUGUGUUCAACAACAACAAAAAGGAUGAUCGCUCUCAGGUUUCUGAGCUGCUGGAAAAGAUUGAUGAGGUUGUUGCUAGUAACAGUGGUGGCCAUUUUGAAAUGGACCAGAAGAUUUUGCAGGAGGUCCAAAUGAAGAGGAAGAUGGCAGAAGACAAAGCUAAAGAGAGGAGACUGAUGGCAGAAGACAAAGCUAAAGAGAGGAGACUGAUGGCAGAAGACAAAGCUAAAGAGAGGAGACUGAUGGCAGAAGACAAAGCUAAAGAGAGGAGACUGAUGGCAGAAGACAAAGAUAAAGAGAGGAGACUGAUGGCAGAAGAGGCACAAAGAGGAUUAACUAAUUCAGUAUCUGAAAAAGGAGCCUCACCUAGUGAUCCUGAGGUCAACAUUGUAUUAAUUGGUUAUAGAAAAGCUGGAAAGACCACAACUGGAAACAUUAUGUUAGGCAAAAACGUUUUUUCCAGACAAAAGACUUUUCAGAGUGAGCAGCAACAUGGACAAGUAGCAGGAAGACAGGUAGCUGUAGUAGACACUCCAGGCUGGGACUGGGUCCAUGAGUUGGAGGAAACUCCUGAGCUUGACUGGCAGAUAGUGCAGAGUGUUCACACUCAUUGUUCCAAAGGUGCACCGGUUGUUUUCAUUCUGGUCGUGCGAGCAGCUUUUUCCUUCAAAGAGGUGAACAAACUCAUAACUGAAGAAUAUCUGAAACUUCUUGGUGACUGCGUCUGGAAUCACACCAUAGUGCUGUUCACUACUGGGGCCUGGAUGGAAGACAUAGACAUAGAACUGCACAUUGAGAGUGAAGGGGCUGCACUGCAGUGGCUUGUAGAAAAAUGUGGGUACAGAUACCAUGUUAUGGACACUAAAGGAAAGAAAGCAGCUGUACAAGUCCCUGAACUGAUGAGAAAGAUUGAACAAGUAGUGGCAAAUAACAAGAGCUGUCCUUUUCAGUUAGACAAAGAAAUCUGUGAGAAAUUUGAGAAGAAAUGUUCCACUGUUAGCAAUCAAACCUCACAAAGGAUGUUACACGCCAGAAAGGAACACGGCAGCAUGCGCUUACAUCCACCUAACAGUAAGUUUUUAAAAAAAUUAAUUUUAUCAUGA